GAUGCGAAGCGUUUGGCCUCUCCAGAUGAGGAGAUGAUGAAUGAAUGGGUGAACUGUGACUCCAUAGACGCCGAUCAACUGCUUGCCGUUGAUGCCUCGAGCAUAUUCUACGGCGCCCUCCCUUCCCUCGCUGAUCUUGCCUCCAUGCAGCUGUCCUCUCAGUCACCUACAGCGUCCACGGCUUCUUCAUCCUCCUCUUCAGCCUCCCCAUCCUCUUGUUGUUCCUCUUGCACUUCCUCAUGGGCUGUUAAAGAAGCGAAAGAAGACGCCAACGAAGCCAUGAGGUCCGGUUCUGCGCACAUAAUCGAUUCAAUGGCAGCCAAUUCGCUGGUGCAGUCCCCAGAGGCUGCAGCCGCAGCAACGGCAGAGUGCUCGCCACCGAUGGCGGUACAGCAGCCGCAGGAGGAAGGGUCCAUCGACGUUUUUCAUGGGUUUGAAGAGAUGGACAUAUUGGACGGCGUUGAUAUCUUGGAUCCUUCCAUCUUCUCGCCGGAUGAAAACGGCAGCAGCCCACGGGAAGAUGAGAAUUGCUUUGUGGGGAGCUCCCCAUCUGUGCAGGAGGGCCAGCAAGAGCUUCAGGAUCAGAAGGAUAUUUCUUCAUCUGAGGAGCUAGCCCAGGUGUUCUUUGAGUGGUUGAAAUCAAACAAGGAGUCCAUUUCUCCAGAGCAGUUAAGGAGCAUAAGGCUGAAGAAAUCCACCAUAGAGAGUGCUGCAAGGCGCUUGGGGGGAGGGAAAGACGGGAUGCUGCAGCUGCUGAAACUCAUUCUCACUUGGGUGCAGAAUCACCAUCUCCAGAAGAGGGAGAGUCCUCCCUGCUACUGCCCUUCUUCCGACGAUCACAUGUCAAACUUCCCUUACUACUACCACCAUCAGCAGCAGGGUUUUGCUCUUCCGAAUAACAUUAACAGUUCAUGGUUCGUGCCUCCCCCCUAUACCACACAAGCACCAGCUGUUUAUGAAACAUGCAUGGCUUCCUUCCCAUCAGUUGUCGGGUUCCCUGGCAUGGAGAUGGGCUAUGGAAUGCCCAACGACAAUCUCCAGCCAUUCCCACCGCCUCCUUCUUCUUCUUCACCGCCUUGCGACAGCACUCUUGCUCAUGAACCCGCCUCUUGGCCUCAAUCCCACCACUUCUAUGCUGAUCCUGUGAUGGGCUUUCCUCAUAAUGGGGCUAACAACGGCAAUGGCUACAACCAGAUGACGCAGCAUCCAGCCGAUUGCAUGUCCAAAUCUGCGACCAAGGAAGCAAGGAAGAAGAGAAUGGCUCGCCAAAGGCGUUUCUGCUUCCACCAUAGACAUCAACAUGCUGCCGAGAAGGCGGCUGUGAUGGCGACGGGGAGCGAUGCAAACACUGGGAAUGGCGGUAACCAGACUAAUUGGAUGACUUGGUCGUCUUCUCCACCAAAAUCUUCUGCAGAUGGUCCAGUUUCUCGGAAGCAAACCCCGUUGGAAAGGCAGACUCCAUUGGAUAGGCGUCAAGGGUGGAAGACGGAAAAGAACCUGAGGUUCCUCCUCCAAAAGGUGUUGAAGCAAAGCGACGUGGGUAACCUUGGAAGGAUUGUGCUCCCAAAAAAGGAGGCAGAGACUCAUCUUCCUCAACUAGAAGCCAGGGAUGGAAUUUCUAUAGCUAUGGAAGACAUUGGGACUUCACGUGUAUGGAACAUGCGUUACAGGUUUUGGCCCAACAACAAGAGCAGGAUGUAUCUGCUGGAGAAUACAGGAGAUUUCGUGAGAUCGAACGGGCUGCAGGAGGGAGACUUCAUUGUCAUUUAUUCUGAUGUUAAAUGCAGCAAAUACAUGAUAAGAGGGGUGAAGGUGCCCCGCCAAGGUGCGAGCAAGACUCAGAGCAAGGGCCAGAGGCUGCCGUCACCUCAGAGGUCUCUCGACCACGCCUGAGACUUUCACCUCCGAUCAACAAGCUCCGAGAAGUCAUCGUGGAUUCUGAACUAUCUCGACCCUUCCUUAUCUCGGGUGUUCUCCCCUUCUCUCUGUGUUUUGGAGUUUCUCUCUGGUGCAUGUAAAAGUAGGCGCGCAUUGUUUUGGUACCUCUUCGUUUUGGGGAAGAUGAUCGGAAUGUGGGUUUUCCUUUAGACAGUCCUCCUUUCUUGGGUUGAUCGUGGGGAGUUGCAGGGCGUGGUUGCUUUC